AUGUCUGGCCGACACGACGAUGCAUUUUGGGCCGUGGCGUCGGAGACGACCAAGGAGUACUACUUCGUCGGAAUGCCACCCGGCACCAUCCUGCUGACGCCAAUGAGUGUCAAGAUCCAGCGCCAGCGGAAGCGGCCGUGGCAGCGCAACGACGUCAGCCGAAAAGGCCUGCCGUGCGCGGCGGCCUUCGCAUGUACCGACUACAAGGUGCAAGGCAGAACGUUCGAGCGCGUGGCCCUCGAGCUACGGGGAGCACGGGCGACGAACGUCGACGGGCGGGUGGUGCCCGCGCAGUGCGACCCGUACGGCCUGUACGUGCAACUCUCGCGGUGCCGGACGCUAGACGCCAGCAUGCUCGUCUCCAAGGUGCGGGAGAGAGACCUGGUGGGGAACCGGGUGCCCGAGGAGAUGAGCGGCGCGCAGAGCAGGUUAGAGGAGCUGUGCGGCAGAACCAUCAGGGGAGUGCUUCGCUGGCUAGGCGAUUGCGCCGAAAUCCAGCGGGGAGACGGACGAAAGGCGUGGAGGGAAAAGGUGAUGAUCGUCGCCCGAAGUGCGGCGAUAUGGCGACGACCCACCGCGUUAUGCUUGAUUGGCAAGAUUUAUUGA